AUGGAGUCUCCAGCAGCGCCCUACUCGCCCUCAACCCACCCGCCGAUCAUCAUGGACAGACUCGAAGUCGGAUCCCUCUACAUCAUGAUCUCGAUCCCAUUCUCCAUCUACUUCGGCAAGAAGAAACACAUCUACGCGACCAGUCUUCCGGACGACCCGAAUUUCCCCUUCUGCACUUACGAGCUCAUGGUCUCCCAGGGCCUCUCCACUGAAGAAUUUCACUGGGACCUCUACUGGCACACCUCCAACUCAACCAUCGAUGAGCUCAUUCUCACGAAUGGCAAUCAAUACGCCAGAAGAAGCGCUGAUAUCGACAAUGAAAGCGGUAUUCUCUAUCGCCUUCGCCCCCUCACAACCUGUCCGACAGCCUACUCCCGCGACCGGCUCACGAUCACCCGCGUUCGCUCCCACGCCCAGCUCGUAGGUCUCAUCCGCGUCCUGACGGUGCCGCCCGCAUUCAUCCCACAUCUAACGCGCUACCUCGACUGGAUGACCGCCGAGUCGGCUCGCGUCGCCGAGCGAAGCUACGUCUGGGCUACGAUGGCGUACUACCGCACCCGCCGCCACCUCCUCAAGAUUAAAGGUGUGCACGAUCAUACCUUCAACCAAUUCGACAUCUCGCGCUUCACGGCGGAGCUGCUCUCGUUCGCCUACGCCGAGGUUCCUGGCGCGUUGUUGUUUGGUGGCAUGGGGAUGCCGAGACCGAUUGUUGCGUCUUAG